AGGCGGACGAGCGUGGAGCCGCCCCGGUGCGCUGCUACGUUGGGUGGCCCUUUGCCUCCUGGUUGGCGGCACGGUGGCCGAUCCAACGGUUGGCGAUCCGUACACUAAUCCGUUCACACGCGAGGACGAUGAUACGUUGCUUUGCGUGAAGGACAUGGGCUGCUUAGGUAGUAAAGACCGCCUGUCCAAGGAGGACAUGGACUUUCUCAAAUCGCACACCCGAUACGACGAGUCCACAAUCAAGGAAUGGUACAAAGGCUUCAAGCAAGAUUGUCCAAACGGCAAGCUAACGCCGGCGAAGUUUGUAGAUAUGUACAAAAUGUUCUUCCCGUCAGGCAAUGCAGAAGAGUUUUGCGAUCACGUCUUUCGAACGUUCGAUAUGGAUAAGAACGGUUAUAUCGAUUUUAAGGAAUUUCUGCUAGCGAUCGAUGUAACCUCGAGCGGCACGCCGGAAGAGAAACUAAAAUGGGCGUUUAGGAUGUACGAUGUAGACGGUAACGGCGUAAUAGACAUUCAAGAAAUGACUAAAAUAGUGCAGGCAAUAUACGACAUGCUGGGCGCGUGCUCAUCGAACAAACCGGCCGACUCGGCGGAGGAGCGCGCGAAAAACAUCUUCGCCAAGAUGGAUGAAAAUAACGACGGUCAGCUGACGCAGGACGAGUUCCUGAAGGGUUGCCUGCAGGACGAGGAGCUGUCCAAGAUGCUCGCACCCUAAGCGGGGGGUGGUGCACCCGGGUCGACGGGCACGAGUUAAACAAAAACACACACAACACUCACUUACACACCUGCCCGCCCGCCCUUCAUCAUUGCCAUAUAUAAGACACCAUACAAUCAUACUUUUUGCACACAUCCUAGCGCAACAAAAAAAAAAAAAGAACAUACACACUGAAACACAAGCCAGUAAAAUGUGGAACAGAAAAAUAAUACACACAGAGAAGAAAGGUCAAAUUGAAACAGAGUAACGCAGCGAUUGCGAAACAGGAAAUCAAUCGAGAGAAAAGGAGUAAAAAAAAGAGGAGAAAGUAAAAACAAACAUUACGAAACCUAGACAGAGAGAGAUGAGAAAGGGAAGAAGAUAAAGCAUAAUAGAGCAAGAUGACAGUACUAUAUAUAGAGAGAUAUAUUUAGAAGAAUAGUAGGAAGCGCAACGAUCCAUACGCGAACCAUCAAUACGAAAUGAUAGACCGUGGGGUGAUUCUGCCACCACCACCACCAGUGAGCAGCCUGGUGCAAAACGGGGGGGAGACGACACCUAGCACAGGACACCGCGCUACGUCCUUGAUCGCUACAAUUAGAAGUUCUAUGUGUCUCUGUGUGUUCGCGUGUGUGUGUGUGCGUGCUUAACUGCACUCGUUUAGGGUCGAGUUUUCAUUCCGAUCGGGCUCGGGCUCCCCCUGUACUUGGGCUGGCUGGUUUGGAGCCAACCGUCUGGGAAGGCGGUUUGACGGUGGAACCCACCAGCACCUCUCAAUCGGUGUGUUUUUUGCUUAGCCUCUAGUCUCUUCACUCCCUGUUCACACUAUUUCCCGUGUUCAUAGCCCUACAAUGAGGAGUUGAAGGGAAAUGGGAACAAAUCGAACAGUUAUUCUCGUUCGCAGCAGCAGACGCCCCGUCACACAACAACACAGCGUGUGCCCUCCCCCCUUCGCUGUGUGUGCACGGAGCGGGUGAAGCGGGGCAAGGUGGUCGAUGAAAAUUUAAUAUGAAAAUGGAAAGCCCGCCCGCCUCCACAGAGACACGCAGAGGCAGCUCGAUCGAGAAAGAGAUAGAGAGAGUGAGUUUUUGGGCCCCGCGAAAGGAACAGAGACAACCUUUAGGGAAUUUAUGCGUGCGCGCGCUAACCACAUUUAGCUGUAAUAGUACUCACGUCCUGCCAAGCGUCCAAAGUAAGAAGAAAAAGAAGAUGAAGAAGAAGGAAAGAAAGAGAAACCUCUACCAUUUUGCUGAUGUUGAUGCUACGAUGUAAUGAUAUAUUGAUGAGAAUUUGAUACAAAAAAGAGUAGUGUGGGAGCGUUGUGUGUGUGUGUGUGUGGUGCUAUGUGGGUGUGUGCUCUGCUGUGUCAGAUUACAUCCACACACUCACUCACACACACAUGCACGCUUGCACACGGGCGCUCUUUAAAGCGUGCGAGUCAAUCGAAGGGUAUGUAAUGCCCCUGUCUACAAGAGCUAAGAUCUAAUCUAAGGAUAAAUGUGUCGGGCUGUAAAAUGGAGUUCAGGAACGUUGUUUCACAACGCCGGUAAAGCCCGGAUUUCCCGGAGCAGUAGCAAGGCAAAGAAAACGGGACAAGCAAUUGGGCCACUUUAUGUUGUUUUUUUGGUUCGUGCUUUUCUCUUAAAUGCAAACAGGAAACACGGGAGAAGACAGUGGUGUGGGAGUGUUAAGAAUAGAUGUAUACAUGCGCAUCCAGCGUUGUAUGCGUGUGGCGUGCGUGUUAGUGCGCUUAAAACGCUUCUCCGCUAGUCACCAAUAUUGGAAUGGAUCAAUCGAUGUGCAUCUGUUGCUUUGGGGGGAGGUUUAAAUGGAGUUUAAGACAAGCCAAGGAAAAGAAAUUACCUCACGCACACACAGCCACAGAGAAAGCACACGACCAGCACUGUUCCGUAUCUUGUCCACUAACGCACGGAAGAAGAUUUAUCACAGCGAACUGUGACGAUAAUGACCGAUAGACGUAAAUGAGUAAAUGAACGAAGAAUCACAUCCACAGCAUCAUUCGCUCCAUAAUCGGACGGGCGUUAAUGGGCGGCUGGCAUUAGUGGGUGGACGCCAAUUUAAGGCGCUUACAAAUACACAUACACACUGUACUGUGAAAGCCAUCACUAGCUGGUGAGAAUAAAUGAGCCCCAACGCGUGCGUGCGUGUGUGUGUAUGUUUGUGUGUCGGGGUGAAGCCAUAAAACCACAAGGAUACGGACUGACGCCGGUUGGGUCGAUGAAGAGGCUCGGAAGGCAGUCGGGGUUGGUGGAAAAGUGGCCCCAAAAUCAUGGUAGGGACGGCGACAAUGGGUUUGCCCGCGCGGGUGAGGCUGCCAAUAUUUCUUUGCACAAACAUCUUCAUCUUUUCGGGGCGGUGCAAGUUUAUGUGUUUAUUUGUGUGGCUGUCAGUUGUGCGUGUGCGUCUGUGCGUCUGUAUGAAUAGGAUCGUUUCUUCUCGAAAUGAGUAGACCUCAUUAUCAAGCAAAAGAAUUCCAUCCAUGGCAGUGGCGUACUUCUUUUUUACUAUUUUCUUUUCUGUUCUCCUUAUUCGUAUCUCGCAUUUGGUACGGUUUCUUUAAUGUCUUGUGGGGUCUUCAUAUAAAUAAGUGCGAUGGUGUUUUUUUUGUUUUGUUUUUCUUGCUUUCGAUCCUCGUUAUUUUCUCCUUCUCUUAGCAAACGAUGGAACUUUAGCAAUGAACGCGAGACUUCAUUCAUAUUUAUAUGUGUACGCUUAUUUGAACGUCUAUGCGAGCGAGGAGUAUGAGUUGGCAUGUAUGUAAAGGACUUGUUUUGUUCCCUUUCCUUCAACCCUGAGUUGGCUUUCAUGCCGAAUUCGUUACACUUUUUCGGGCCAUUCGUAGCUCUUCUUGCUUUCUUACCAUUACAAUGCCAUUUCUGAGAACUCACGGGACAGAAAUGUCAUUUCCGAAUGGUUCUUAUUUUCAGAAUGCAUGACUACAUGUCUGUUAUUUUAUAUUAUUUCUUCAUAAUUUAACGGUUUUGUUACACUUUUAUUCAAUUAGCUUGUCAUCUUUUGAUGGACGAUCGUAUGUAGCAUCAAAGAUCAGGGGGAUGUCACCUUUACGAGAGCAUUUAUCCAGUUGAGCAAACUCGAAACGGACUGCUACACCAAUACAGCCCACUAUACUGUACUGAGGGAGGGGUGAAACGAAAAACAUUUCCAUAAUUCCCGCAGUACUGAGCCGGUAAGAAAAUAAAAACAUCAUCAGAAUCAAUCGUGCGACACAAAUGCGCAAUGAAGCGUUUCGAAAUAAAUCUUGCGCGUGGUUCUCCAGUGGCAGCAUCUUACGCGCCGCUUGCCGGGGUACUACUGUCACGGUGCAUUAUUGUCAUGAAUCUGCCAGAUCGGCAAAAAAACGCGCCGAGGGGACGACGGAUACCGUCGUGAUUGUUUGUCCAGCCGAAUGGCAGCGUGUGGCAGCGAAUUGGUGGUCACGUUUUUCGGCGAAUUCGGGGACGAUUUUUCGGUCGAAAUGAUGAUGUGCUCUUUACCAUUGGCUGUAAAUAUUGAUCGACAUUGUUACAAGCGUUGGAUUGGUGUUGUUGCUCUCUAAUAUUGAUUUUUUCAAUUGCUCCACACUCAGGUACGCGGUUGGUAUAUGUGGUAUAUAUUAUGGUAUUUGCGGUAAUUGGAUUAGGUUAGGCAAUCAAAUGAUUGUUUUUUGUUUUUUUGCUCUCCAUUGAUGUGCGUUUUUUGUUUUGCCCAUUAUUAUUUCGCUUGAUAAUGGCAACGAUUUGGCGGAUGCAGAACCCUCCCAUCCCGGCACGGCACUAAUGUUCUUCAUUCUUCGAUAUUUGUAACGACCACGCUGGACGAUUUGUUGUACAUAAUUGUUAACGCAAACUUCUAGUCAAGUUGUUUCCUUAUUAUUGUUUGCAAACUUUACGUUCAACAAACACGGUCCACAAUCGAUUGAAAUGAAUGCGAUGAAAGCAAUCGUUAGCGCUGAAGAAAUGUCGACCGUGUGUAUGUGUCCGACCUAUUGUUUUGUGGAAUGAAGCUGAAAUGAAACGGAUCGUUCAUGGCAAAACUGCAAUCGAACUUACGGUUCGUGCGCAAGAAGACAGGCCAGCUUGAGAAGGGAAACAUUUAACAUUGUAGUAACAUAAAAUGGUAAUCAUAAAACAGCAAACUGCACCGAGCGAUGAGAUAGACGCAAACAUUGAAACUAAGAGCACUACUGUUGAUAUAUUUCUAUUACGCAGAACCAGAACUCCCCCCUCCCCCCAAACCACACACACACAUCUCCCCAUAUCCCCGCGCUCCAACAUAGAGUAUGUUGCCCUCAACUAGUUAUUGCGGGUGAAAAUAUAGGCGCAAAAUACGUCAAAAUGCUAAAACGAAACAUGUUUAAAUGGAUAAGAGAAUGGAACAAAGAAACAAAAGAAAAGAACAUUAAAAUCUAAACUCUACAUAUGCACUCACGUACGAACGCAACAAAGAAACAAACAAAGAAACAAACAAAAAAUACUAGAUGUCAAAUUCGAGAGCAAACUCAUACUAAUAAAUACAACAAACGAAGAAAAAAGAAACACACACACACACAUAAAGAAGAGAAAAUAAUCAUUCUUGCACAAGUUUAACUGGUGUCUACUAGCACAAACAUAAUAAGCGUGUGGCAGCAAUCGCAAACUGCAACCAUUCCUCACAUGUUCGCAUACAUUUGCGAACAUGCUGAACAUACCAUUUAACAAAAGGAAAAACAUCUCCCCAUUCACCCCGUUAAGGAUAGGUUUGGAACAGCAGGGCAACGUCAUUCGCGGCAGCAACACGCGAUUGUUCAGGGGGAGAAGAACACAAACAAACAAUUGGGUGACCAAGUCGCGAAAUUAUGCAAACAAAUUAAUCGAAGCACAGACACACAUAAACAAAACAAAAAGGAAAAAAAUAACAACCACACACUCUUCACUACUCUAAAUGUGUAAAAGCUCCCCGAGAUUCGAGAUUGUACUGUGUGAAACUUUGGAACGAUGUAGGAAAAGGGGAAAGCAAAAGAAGAAAACGUGCGUUUUCGGUAGUGCUCCAAUGCUAAUGGUGUGGCUAAACAAAGAUUAUUGUGCACACGUAUAACUAUAUUUAAACGCUAUCUUGUAAAACUGAAAUCCCGCUGAACUCUCCUAAACAGAACAACCAAAACGAAGACGAAGAAAAAAAAACAAGAAAAAAAGAAAUAAGACAACUCAAAUUGCAUCUCCCCCACUUGUCUGUGUCCACCUGAUUCAUGUUUAAGAGCGUAUGUCCAAGCAAGCCGUGCGCGUGCGGCUCGAAGAGAAAAAGAAGCGGCGUUAGUAGGCGGUUUAAAGGGCUACAAAAUUAAGUCAUAAUAGCGAGCAUGUGUGAUGUUGAUGGGAUGUUUUUUCCGUUUUUUUUUUCGAUAUUUAAAUAAUAAUAAUUAUAAUAAUAAUAUAAAACAGAGCAUUACUGGAGACAGGUACACAGCAAGAACAGCAACAACAAAAACAACAACAACAACAACAAAAACGAAACAAAACUUCAAGCAUAUUUGUAAACAAAGCAAAAGAAGAAACACAAAACAAGAAGAAAAAGAAGAAGGUAACAUACAAUUAAGCAGACAAGCUUAAAAUGGUAAGGAAAAUCUUUCCUAAAAAGAAAUAUGCGCUUUCGCUAGUUUUUUACAUUUUUCUACUGGCUGUGUUCGGUUUUGUUUUUCUCUUUGUAAACUUGUAAACUCAUAAACUCUGCCACAAACCAAAACCAAACCAAAAGAAGAAGAAAAAACACAAUCGAGGGACAACAACACACAGACACUUCGACACACAAUCAAACACAAAACACGCCUACACACUCGCAUACACGCAUACACUUCCCUGAUGGAAUGGUGAAGGGGAUCAGGCCGUUUGUGGAGACGAAAACCAUUCCUUAGCGAUGCUCUCCGGAUCUUGUCGUUACUGUCGUCGCCUGUAUGAACAUCCCUUUUUCCGAAUAAAAGCCUGUUUUCAAUCGUUUUCGAAAUAAAA